AUGGUCGUGGUGGUCGCUCACUUGCUUGCAGGUGAGACUGCGCCUAGCGUCCACUUGCUGGCACUCAACUCUCACCUGUGGCUCCACGUAGCUGGACUCUGCUCAGCGGCCACACCCCGGGGAACCGUCUCGACCGGCGGGCUAAACCAGGUGAGGGGGCCCUGUGCGCUGUGCCGUGUGCACAGUGUUUGCGGAUUCCCCUGAAUGGAAGGUCGGAUGGAACCUUGCGUCGGCACCGUCGUGACGUGGUUCGUCUCUGCACGCCGAUGGACAGCCGGUGGCGGGAUGGAUCUCCACAUCGACAUCGCCUUGACGCGCCCACCUACGCCGUCGGAGACCGCGGCUUACGGCGAAUUCGAGUCGCUCUCCACUACAACCCGAACUCGUGGUCCCAUAGUGGAGUUCGGCCGUGCCACAACGGCACAUGGCAGCCCUAUUCAGGGAUGGCACUGCCAGCAUCCACGAAAGGAAGGGCUUAGAAAAGGUGGCCUAAACAUUGCUGGGUAUCACGCCGUCUCCAGGCUAGCCAGGGCCGCAGACGUCUAAUCAUGGUCGUAACAAUCAAAAUCGAAACAACAACAAUACCAAUAACAACGACAACCAUACUCAUUCUCCUCAUCCUACCUCUUCUACCUCUUCCUCUGCCUAUUCUUCUCCUUCGUCACCUUCUUCUCCAUCUCCUUCCCGUCGCCCCACUCGUUGCCACCAGACUGGCAGGGUGAGCCCGCUCACUCUGGCAGCCUGGAAUGUUCGUACCCUUUUAGACAAUCCGAGGAGCAACCGACCGGAGCGGAGGACGGCGCUAGUGGCACGAGAACUGGCGCGCUACAAGGUGGACAUCGCCGCACUCAGCAAGACCCGAUUCUCCGAACAAGGCCAACUGGAGGAGGCAGGUGCCGGCUACACCUUCUUCUGGAACGGUCGACCCAGGGCAGAGCAACGGGACGCGGGUAUCGCCUUCGCCAUUCGUAACGACAUCGUGGGACGACUGCCCUGUUUGCCGCAGGGAAUCAACGAUCGCCUGAUGAGUCUUCGCCUGCCUCUCCGGCGAGGAGGCAAAUCCGCCACCAUCAUCAGCGCCUACGCUCCGCCGAUGACCAGUUCCGACGCCGUCAGAGACAAAUUCUACGAGGACCUGCACGCCCUCUUGGCGACUGUGUCGAAGGCGGACAAGUUGAUUGUCCUUGGUGACUUCAACACCCGCGUCGGCACAGACCAUACUGCCUGGAGAGGAGUGCUGGGUCUCCACGGUCUCCGCGACUCAAACGACAAUGGUCUGCUGCUUCUCCGCACCUGCGCAGACCAGCGCCUAAUCCUGACGAACACCUUCUUCUGUCUGCCGGAGCGAGAGAAGGCCACCUAG